CGCCCCCCUUCACGGGGUCUAGACACUGCAGGGUAGCAUGCCAUGUGGCGCCUCCCACAUUACCUACACUAGUGUAGAUAGCUACCUCUACCCUUGUUCUCGGUGAAAGUUCCUUUCUGAUUGCUCUCAACAUCCGGGGGAAGGAUCAUUUAAGGACUUGUCGAGUUCGCGAUCUCCUCGAUUCUUUCCUUCCAGAUCGUCGUCGCUCCUUGCCGAUCCAGGACGCACACAGACACAUUCCUUUCGCAACUACACUCCAUUUUGCCAUUCCAGACGAAGCUUGCUUCAUCUGUUCGUUCCCCUGUAUAUACUUGAUUGCUUAGUGUACUGCUUGUCAGACUUAUACUCCAUCAAUCACGAUGCGCUUCACUUCUUCCAUCGGCCUCCUCCCCGUCCUGGGCACCGCCGUCUCGGCCUGGGACGCCCCGAGCUAUAGCGGAUACACUCUGGUGUGGUCCGAUAACUUUGCCGGCCCCAGCGGCAGCCUCCCCAACCAAAACAACUGGAACAUCAUCAGCGGCAACCUGGGCGUCAAUGGGGAGCUCGAGACGUACGUGGCGGACCCGCACGAGGUGCAGACCAGCGGCGGCAACACGGUGCAGCUCGUCCCCUGGCUCGACGGGUCGUCGUGGACCUCGGGCCGCAUCGAGUCCAAGUACACGUUCACGCCGCAGGCGGGCAAGAAGACCAUGGUCGAGGCCCCGAUCCGGUUUGGCAGCAACGACAUCAGCACGAAGCAGGGCAUUUGGCCCGCCUUCUGGCUGCUUGGCGACUCGAUCCGCCACGGCACCGCGUGGCCGGAGUGCGGCGAGCUGGACAUCCUCGAGACCAUCGACGGGCAGCUCACCGGCUACGGAACCGCGCACUGUGAUGUCACCCCCGGCGGCAUCUGCAACGAGCCCAACGGGAUCGGCGGGAGCAUCGGCAUGCCCAGCCAGGACUGGCAGACCUGGCGCCUGGUGUGGGACCGCACGACCGGCAACUGGCAGACCGAGACCAUCACCUGGUACAUGAACGGCCAGCAGUUCCACCAGAUCUCGGGCUCCCGGAUCGGCGACCAGAACGUGUGGAACAGCCUGGCCGCCAGCCCGCUGUACUUCAUCCUGAACGUUGCCGUCGGCGGUAACUGGCCCGGAUACCCCAACAGCCAGACGCAGGGUGGCUACGGUGCCAUGAUGGAGGUCGGUUAUGUCGCCCACUAUUCGUCUUAACUGGCCAUUUUUUGGGAUACCCCCUUUUGAGUGAGUGGCUUGUGUGCGCUUGGUCACAAGCCACCUCAGCUCAUGGCAAAGACUUUCGUUUCUUGUGUACAUAUAUAUAUAUAUGUACGUUCUUCGUUUUUCCCGCACUGCACCUAUUUGGUCGGUUGCGGCGUUCUUGCAUAUAUAACCUUGCACACUGUCGUGUGCUUCAUCGAAUUCGCACAUUUCGCUGUGUAUAGUUGUCCCAACUGACCG